ACUUCUUCCCAUGAUCCUUCAGUUCAAACUCUACAGCGCGUAAGAAAGGUGUCGACAACAUUAGUCCUGGCGAAAUGGCGUCUGUGAAUUCUGUAUCCGACGGGAAAAGUUAUGCUGCGAGUGAAGUUCUUUUGGCUGCUGCUCAGACUGGCUCAAUUCAAGGCGUUAAAGCGGCGUUGAAAGAUGGUGCUGACAUUGACUUCGAGAUAACUGGUACUGCAUUGCUCAACGCUGUUACGAGGGGAGAUUUAGACAUGAUGAAGCUGCUGCUCCGCAAGGGGGCGUCUGUGAAUAAGAGAAUGAAUGAAGUGGAUGAAUUUACUCCCCUUCACUUAGCUGCGCACCAAGGGAAGACAGAAGUGGUGGAACUGUUGGUUUACCAUGGAGCAACAUUAGACGUACUGGACAGCUUGGACAAUACACCACUCAUGGCUGCCGCUUACAACAAUCAUGUCGACACAGUUCGGCGGCUGAUUGAGCUUGGAGCAAGGCCUGAUUUGACCGACGGAUACGUAGCUGUGAGGCUGGGGAUAGAUGACUUGAAAAGGCAAGACUAUACGUGUCGCGAGAGUAUACAGCUGAUACAAAAAGCGAGGAACUCUAAGCUGUUGAGAUGCUGCAACCCUAAGUGCGGCAAACCAGGCUACAGGAAAGACUUAAAGCUAUGUGCCGGGUGCAAGAUGACCCGCUACUGCAGCCGUGACUGUCAGAGACAACACUGGUCUGUCGGACACAAGAAGUGCUGUGGGCAUGACGAACGCCCAAUUGUCGUUCUCAGGGAACGGUCUUUAACUUUAUAACACCGUAGCUGAUCUUGCCCUUCAGUUGCAAAGGACUAAUAAACAAUCAGUACAACGUGAAUGUAAAAAGGAGAUGAAGUGUUUAUCUAUGGGUUAUCAUUUAUGUGAAUAGACACAGGGAGCAAGUCUCUUCGACAGAUCAAAUGCUUCUUCCAAUGUGUGUGUACAUAGUUUAUAUGGUACUUGCAGGGUCAAAGGUCAGACUGAAGUACACAGAGUGUAACGUGACGUAGUAUAACGUAUGAGAUCAAAGUCCAGGGCAGGCGCCAUCAACGGAAGACUUUGUCCUAUGGUGAAGCUCAAAACACACCAGUGUAAGAAUUUCCACUGUAAAGCUGUAUCAGUCCUUUACUUGAGCUGAGCCGAUCUACAUACCUGAGACGUUGGGCAUGCGCACUGAGUAAGAUUAGUCAACAUGAAGGCAAGGCUAAGUCAAGAUGGCACCAAACUCGUGACAAGUUACGAACUCAGUCCGAUAGACUUUGAUCGCACAGGUGUGCUGAAGUUGUGGACUCUCUCGCAACUCAUAUCCUACUCUGGGCCUGAAGAGUCGCCUGUCUUCUACAUCCCAGGUCACCUUAAGACGGUCGCUAGCUUCGUACGAUACCAGGAGUUCUAUCUACAUCCAGAAUUCUACACCAAAGUCAAGUUCAACUCCACUGUAGAGGUCGUGUCUGGGGUUGGGUUUGUUGGUAAGACAUCUUGGAUCUGUAAAGGAGAUGUUCGUCUUGCCAAGUCACAAGACAUCAUAUGUCACUUUAACCUACAGCUGGUAAACGUAGACAUGUCGACUCGGCAACCGACCGCACUUCCACAAAACCUGCGGCUGAAGGGAAAGGGUCCCCGGCCGACGUUUGACCUGCCUAUGGCAUCGUCGAGUCAGCUGAUGUACUCCGACAAGUUUAGGGUUGAAGAAAGUGAUGUAGAUGCCAACGAUCACGCCAAGCAGUCUGCUUUUAUCCGAUUCUGUUCCGAUGCUGCUGUAUUUGGUACAAAAGCAGGCUGCUUUCCAUCGCUAAGGGAAGACCUGUUGAAAUUUCAUGUAAAGAAAAUCGCCAUGUUGUUUCAGAAAGAGGCUCUCCUGGGAGACAUGUUGGGUGUGGAGUCAUGGGAAAUUCCAUCCAAACCUGUCUCCUUGAUGUUUCAAAUCAAAAGAGGGGAAGAGGAAAUUGUUCGCUGUGUAUUUGAAAUGUAUGGACAGGAGAGGGCAAAGCUUUAGGAAGACGUCCACGCUGUCCAUGACGAUUUGUGCGACAAAUAAAGUUGUUGUAUACAAUUGUAAA